GUAUAACUGUAUUUACUAUGUAUGCUGUUUGUAUUUAUCCUUUGUUAGUGUUGUGAUCUUUACCUUAUGAUUUGUGCGCAUGUCUUAUGUUGUCUCGUGUUGAUAAAGCUACAUUGGUACCUGUCUAAUCCCUAAUUCUACAUGGUGUCAGAAGUGGGAUCCCCUCUCUAAAGAUGGCAGGAAGCUUACUACAACCCCCAAAUGCAUUUAGUUUCGAUAAACCAGAAGAAUGGAGUCGCUGGAAAGGAAGGUUCCAACAGUAUCGCAUUGCCUCUGGUCUUUCCACGGAAUCAGGCGAAAGACAGGUCAGUACCCUACUUUACUGUAUGGGAGAAGCGUCAGAAGACAUCCUGAACAUGUCAGGAAUAUCCAAUGAAGAUAAAAAAGUUUUCGACAGCGUCAUCGCGAGAUAUGAUGCCCAUUUCAAGGUUCGAAAGAACGUAAUCUUCGAAAGAGCGUGUUUUAACAGACGUCAACAAGAAAAGGGAGAAUCGAUUGAACUUUUUAUUACUUCCCUACACCAAGCCGCCGACAACUGCGAGUACGGCGCGAUCAAAGAUGAGAUGAUACGGGACCGCCUCGUCGUAGGUAUUCAAGACCAAUCCCUUUCAGAGCGACUACAGAUGGAGGCAGACCUCACAUUGGAGAAAGCAAAGAAACUUGUGCGACAGCGAGAAGCAGUAAAACAACAAGCAGCCCACCUAAAGGGCACUGCCAGUGACCAAUCUGGAUUAGAAGAAGUAAAAACUCGUUACAUACCCAAGAACAAACGAUUCACUAAACCACAGAGCAAAGCACAAACGUGUCAACGAUGUGGAAAAAGUCCUCAUUCAUUUCAACGCUGUCCAGCUAGAGAUGCUGUAUGUUUCAAAUGUGACCGAAAGGGACACUAUGGCUCCCAAUGCCUUUCUAAGGGUGUUGCCGAGAUUACAGAGAACAUGAGCGUACGAGACCCCGACCCCGACAGCGACGAGUUCUACCUAGAUUCUGCACAAACAGGGGAAACAGGAAAAGCAUGGAAGCUCCAGGUGACAGUUAACAGUAUACCAGUGACUUUUAAGGUGGACACAGGUGCCGAAGUCACCGCAGUAUCGGAAAACACCUGGAAAUCAAUGCCACAGACCCCUACCCUCCAAAAAGCCACGAAAACACUCUGCGGACCAGAUUGCAAACCACUCACUCUGCUAGGAGAAACAGAAGUCCAUCUUCAAGUGCAGCAAAGAAAAUGCACUCAAAAAAUUUUCGUUGUGGAAAACCUCCGAAAUAACUUACUCGGCCUCCCAGCGAUUAGAGCACUACAAGUACUCGAACAAGUGGGAGAAAUCCAAGAUGAUUCAGUGGUCCAGCAGUAUCCCGAGAUCUUUAAAGGACUUGGAACUUUUAAAACAGACUAUACGAUACGCCUGAAACCCGAUGCCACCCCGUUUGCCAUAUACGUCCCACGACGUGUGGCACUGCCACAACGCCCUGAAGUCGAAAAGGAGCUACAACGAAUGCAACAACUGGGUGUAAUCUCUAAAGUCAGUGAGCCAACACCAUGGUGUGCGGGAAUGGUCAUUGUUACCAAGCCGUCAGGAAAACUCCGUGUAUGUGUCGACCUAAAACCAUUAAAUGAAAACGUGAUGAGAGAAGUACACCCACUACCUAAAGUUGAUUCCACCCUUGCCCAAAUGGCAGGGGCCAAAGUGUUCACCAAGUUAGACACAAAUAGCGGUUUUUGGCAAGUCCCAUUGUCACAAGAGUCCAGGCUCCUUACUACGUUCCUUACACCAAUUGGCCGAUUUUGCUUCAAUAAGCUACCCUUCGGCAUCAACAGUGCCCCAGAGCAUUUCCAGCGGAAAAUGAACGAGCUUCUAGCUGACAUUCCAGGAGUCCUUGUCCACGUCGACGACAUCCUGAUAUUUGCUGCCACCAGGGACGUGCAUGACCAAAGACUACACGAGGUCCUUAAACGGAUACAAAACGAAGGGCUCACCCUCAACAAAGCCAAAUGUAAAUUCCACCAAUCCAGGAUCGAAUACCUAGGACACAUCAUCGAUAGCGAGGGCAUAUCUCCUGACCCUAAAAGGACAGAGGCCAUAAGAAAAAUGCCUCCUCCAGCAUCCCUCACUGAACUGAGAAGGUUCAUGGGAAUUGUCAACCAACUCAACAAAUUCUCUCCCAAAAUUGCAGAAUUGUCUCAGCCAUUGCGCAAACUCCUCAGCCCAAAACAGCCCUACACAUGGACACCAAGCCAGGAUGACGCCUUUCAAAAGCUCCAGGAAGAAAUCUCUUCAAAUCGAGUAUUGGCCUUGUACGACCUCGAAAAGCCUACCAAAAUCAGUGCCGAUGCAUCUGCCUACGGUUUAGGUGCUGUACUCUUACAACAAAACGACAAGGAAUGGCGUCCGGUCGCGUUUGCCUCGCGUGCACUCACCGAAACGGAAACUAGAUAUGCACAAAUCGAAAAAGAGGCCCUCGCCCUCACAUGGGCAUGUGAAAAGUUUUCCGAAUAUGUUCUAGGGAAAAGGUUCGAACUGGAGACAGACCAUAAACCCUUGGUGCCAAUACUGGGACAGAAGAGCCUUGAUACUUUACCACCUCGAGUACUUCGUUUCAGGAUCCGACUGACGAGAUUUGACUACACUAUCUACCACUCACCAGGAAAAUCCCUAUAUUUGGCUGAUACACUUUCGCGAGCACCCAUCAAUACUCUACCCCAAAAGAGUGACAUGGACGCAGAGAAGGAAACCGAAAAUCUAGUGGAUUCCGUAAUUACUAGCCUACCUGCAGAAGAAGCCAGCCUAGAGACAUAUCGUCAUGCACAGUCAGAGGACCCAACAUGUUCCAAGAUUAUUGAGUUCUGUAAGUCAGGUUGGCCCAACAGGAACCAACUCAAAGGAGAAGUCAGCAAGUACUAUCAAGUCAGGUCAUCACUCACUUACACCCGACAUUUGCUACUUUAUGGGUCGAGAAUUGUAAUCCCAGAAAAGUUGAGAAAAGAAACAAUGGAAAAAAUCCACAGUGGCCACCAAGGAAUCGUUCGUUGCAGACUGCGAGUCGCCCAAUCAGUAUGGUGGCCAGGUGCCUCAAAAACCAUGGAGACAUUUGUUACACACUGUCCAGAAUGCCAAAAGAACACAGCUCCCCACAGAGAGCCCCUCAUGCCAUCAAAACUACCCAGCUAUCCUUGGGAGAAAGUGGGGACAGAUUUGUUCGAAAUCGAUAAGACUACAUACUUAAUCGUGGUCGACUAUUUUUCUCGAUUUAUCGAAGUACAGAAACUUUCGAACACAACAGCAUCUGGAGUGAUUACAGCACUGAAAGCUAUAUUCGCACGGCAUGGAAUUCCUUCAAUUAUGAUCAGCGACAAUGGCCCUCAAUAUAACUGCAAAGAAAUGAGGGAAUUCGCAGGCAAGUAUAACUUUUGCCAUAUCACCAGCAGCCCUUACCACCCACAGUCAAACGGUCUAGCUGAAAGGUCAGUCAAGACGGCUAAACUACUCUUGAAGGACUCUCCAGACCCAUGCAAGGCUCUGCUGAGCUACAGGGCAACCCCCCUACCUUCUUGUGGUUUUAGUCCAGCUGAACUCCUUAUGGGACGAAAAAUUCGUACUGAUGUCCCACAAAUUCAGAGUACAUUCGUACCAAAGUGGUCAUAUCUCAAAGAAUUUAAAGAAACCGAUGAGAAGAACAAGCAUAAACAAAAACGUGAUUACGACCAACGACACCGUGCCCGACCACUAAUGCCGCUACCUGAACAUACACCCGUAUGGGUAGACACUCCACAUGGACAGGUUCCAGGGAGUAUUGUGACAACCUCUACACAACCACGCUCCUACCAAGUUGAUACACCAUCAGGUGAAGUUCGCAGGAACAGAGUACAGUUACGACUUCGAGGUGAAACUGAGACCAAUGAAACCGAUGUGCCUCCUGUACCAACUGAACGGAACACUCGAUCAAAAACUGGAUCAGCCCCAGGUCCCCCGGACUAUUUACGUUGUUGAGUGACUUAAGGGGGAGAUGUGGUAUAACUGUAUUUACUAUGUAUGCUGUUUGUAUUUAUCCUUUGUUAGUGUUGUGAUCUUUACCUUAUGAUUUGUGCGCAUGUCUUAUGUUGUCUCGUGUUGAUAAAGCUACAUUGGUACC